AUGCAGUUAAAGUGGAGUUUGGGAAAAUUCCUAGAGCUGUACUGGUUUAAAUGGAUAAACCUCCAUAAAUCUACAAACCUCAUAAAGCUGUUUAAUGGUCCACAGGAUGAGCUGGGGGAAAUUCUGAGUGACCCUAUGCAAAAAAGGAGAUACCAGCAGAAGCUUACUGUUUUCAUUGUGGGAUAUCAGGAGAUAUGUGGACAACGGAAACAUGUGUUGGACCAGCUGCAAGAGUUUUUCAGUUUCUAUUGCAAAGUGAAUAAAGAGGAUGGAGACCUUAACAGGCUGGAAGAAUCUUCAGUAGAUAUGGAUGGAGUAGUAGACCAGGUCACAGGAGCACUAAAGUCAGCUGAGAUGGCUAUGUGUCGUCUUGCAGAUAUUCACUCAGAAAUAGUGAACUAUGUCAAUCAGACUCUAUCUACAUGUUCCAGCCGAAAAAGGAAAAUUUCAGAUGACAAGAACCGUAAAAAGCUAGAGAAAGCUGUGGAGCAGGCAAGGGGAAACAUUGUGACGCUCACAAACCAGCUUCUGCGUGCACAGGAAGAUCUAACCUCAAAAGAUCAGCAGAUGAAAGAAAUGUUGCGACAACAUGAGAUGAGGCUGGUGGAGAUUCGCCACUUUAAAGGCCAGCUGGAAGACACCAAAAUAAAUCUCCAAACUCUGCAAGAGGAAACAGCAAAGCAACGUUCCCUCUUGGAGGCUGAAAUGAGAAUACAGGCUGGGAGGUUAGCAGAACUAGAAAGCCAGGUUACCAUUAAGCUGAAUCAGUAUAGACAUGCAUCUUCACAGUGGGAGAUUCAGGAGCUCAUUUCAUAUACAUGUAGAGCUACUCAAACACCUGAUGAGGAUGAGGAGAAGAGUGUGGUUCAGAAAACUGAGCCUGUUCCACCAAAUGACAAAGAGAUCCAUUGGAAAACUAUGAAUGAUAAUGGAGAAAGCCAGGUCUCUAUCACGAAGCCAAGUACUGUUGACAGCAACAUAACUGAAGCUGAAAGGGUGUCACUUUCAGAAAUGGAGGCUUCACUUACUAUGUCUAAGCAGAAUGUCCCCAAUAUCAUAUCAUCACUCAUGUCUGAACUUAUUACAUCUCUUCCUCUUAAUGAAGAGAGUGAAUCUAUAUGUACUUCUCUUCCCGCAUACCAAGAUGGCCGCUCUAUUAUGACAGCUCAAGGUGACUCUGAGGAGACCAAGUCUUUUACUACAGAAGAACUCCUGCCUAAUAAGACUAAUCAUCCAGAUGGUCCUGCUACUAUGCCAUACACAUUCAGUAAUCAGGUCAGUCAUUUAAAUGCAUCAUUUUCAUUGCCUGAAGAGAAUACUGAAAAUAUCAUAUCACUGCCUGAACAGGAAAAGACAUUUGCUACCUGUGAUACAGAAUCAUUCAUUGGAACUCAAACAAUGACAUCACAUCUUAUGUUUGAUAAUACAGCCAAUGCUGAUACCACUCCACGUAUUGGAUCUAAUGAGAAGAACAGUCCUCUUACAUCACUUCCUGUACCCCAAAUCAAUGCCUGCCCCCCUGAAUCAGAUGUUGAGAAUGGCAAGAUAAAAGUGCCGGAAAUUGAUCCUAUUCCUCACCAUUCUGUACCACUUCCUGCACCUGAAAAUAAUACAAUUUCUGUUGCAUCAGAUGGAAAUGUAUAUUUUGCUAAAUCACUUUCUAUUCUAGAAGUGGACACCAAUAAUUUUUUAUCACAGCCUCUGGAAGAUCUUACGUUUCAUGCAUCUCAACAAUUUGAAGAAAUAAACUGCAUGAAUCCAGCGCUCUCUAGCUGUGCAGACACCAAAACUGACAGUUUGUCCAUUACACAACAUGGAGCUCUGGAAGAAAGAGAAGAGAAUAUAUUGAAUUCUCAGUGGGAUCUCCAGGCUGAGGGAGGACAACAGACUCUCUCAGAUGUGACAGGCCUGAGGGGUGACCCUCAGACAGAGCUUUUGGAGACUUCAUAUAGAUUUCACAUGUGUCUUCAGACAAUAAGGAACGUGCUGAUUACUGGUGGUAAGUAG